AUGGCAAGUGGUGAAGCUCGGAGUCUCGCCCCGUUAGAGCUCAGAAUGCGUCGGUCUCGUCGUUUCUUCCCCGCGUGGGGAACCAUAAGAGACAGGGAUGGACAUUGGAAUGCUGGGGCCCCCCCAGCCGGAGAGAGAGGAAGAUACCGUGGAGGAGAAUUAUUGAGUGGUUGGUCGCCAACUUCUGCCGCCAUGAUGUCAGCCACCGGCAAAUGUUCACCCAUCCGUCCUCGGUUCCUGGCCCUAAGAGCCUGUCUGACCUAUAUCUUGGGCUCAUGGCCUGCCCAACGUGCCCAGUCUCUCAAAGACGAAGAGCCACUGGCAACUCUAACUUUCAACCCCGAAUUCACACCAUCUGGCGUGGAGCAACUCGUGGCCAUAAUAACUAGCUCUGCCGAUCAGUUCGUCUCCCAACACGGCUGA